AUGCUCCAUAGAGAAGUCGCGAGUAAAACUGUUGACCAGUGUGUUUCUGGAUGUUUAUAUGAUUUGAGAAUUAUUGCUAUUACAUAUAACAGGGCCGGUUCUCUUCUUCGGUUAUUGAAUUCUUUAAAUGAUGCAGAAUACAUUCUCGAUAAAGUAAAACUUGAAGUAUGGAUCGAUAGAUCUGUAGAUGGAGAAGUGCAUCAACCUACGUUACAGAUUGCAAACAAUUUCAGCUUUAUGCACGGUCAUUACAGUGUUGAAGUACACCCAAAACAUGUAGGAAUUCUUAGUCAGUGGAUAUCAACUUGGAAACCGAACAAGAAAAGCUCGGAAAUAGCAGUGAUUCUUGAAGACGAUUUAACUGUUUCUCCAUACUUCUACAAAUAUCUUAAACGUGUGCAUAAAAAGUAUGACAAUAACCCAAAAAUAAAUGGCUACGCUUUGCAGGGAUAUAAACGUAAUCAUACUGUAGACAACCGCACGUUUCUCGAAGGACCAAAGGGCAGCUUAGUGUUUCUUUACCCAAUCGUUGGAUUCUGGGGAUUUUCACCGAGUCGUACAAAUUGGAUAAACUUUGUCAGAUGGUGUUUUACAGCCGUUCAUAACAAAAGCAUUCAACCUUAUGUACCAGAUAUUAUAGCAACAAAAAAUUUCAAAGUGCUUCAGAAACACGGCAAGGGUGACAGUAUGUGGUCAAUUUGGCAUAUGUAUUAUGCAUGGAAACACAAUGAGUUUACACUGUACACUAAUUUCAAAGGUAUGAACUGA